CACGCCACGAUGCAGCACUACGGGGUGAACGGCUACUCGCUGCACGCCAUGAACUCUCUCAGUGCCAUGUACAACCUGCACCAGCAGGCGGCCCAGCAGGCCCAGCAUGCCCCGGACUACCGGCCGUCGGUGCACGCGCUCACGCUGGCUGAGCGCCUGGCUGACAUCAUCUUGGAGGCCCGCUAUGGCUCGCAGCAUCGCAAACAGCGCCGCAGCCGCACAGCGUUCACUGCUCAGCAGCUCGAGGCCCUGGAAAAGACCUUCCAGAAGACUCACUACCCGGACGUGGUGAUGCGUGAGAGGCUGGCCAUGUGUACCAACCUGCCGGAGGCCCGGGUGCAGGUGUGGUUCAAGAACCGCAGGGCCAAGUUCCGGAAGAAGCAGCGCAGCCUGCAGAAAGAGCAGCUCCAGAAGCAGAAGGAGGCCGAGGGCUCCCAUGGGGAAAGCAAGCCAGAGGCCCCAACCCCAGACACCCAGCUGGAGACUGAACAGCCCCCAAGCCUGCCGAGUGGUGACCCCCCUGCUGAUCUUCACCUGAGCCUGUCUGAGCAGUCCGCCAGUGAGUCAGCCCCCGAGGACCAGCCAGAGCGGGAGGAGGAUCCUCGGGUAGGGGCGGAGGAUCCCAAAACGGAGAAGAGCCCUGGGGCUGAGAGCAAGGGGCUGGGCUGCAAGAGGAGCAGCCCCAAGGCAGAUUCCCCGGGCGGCCUGGCCCUGGCCCCCGCGGCCCCCGCGGCCGGCGGCCUCCUGGGCCCUUCGCACUCCUACUCGUCGUCCCCGCUGAGCCUCUUCCGCCUGCAGGAGCAGUUCCGCCAGCACAUGGCGGCCACCAACAACCUGGUGCACUACUCGUCCUUCGAGGUGGGCGGCCCGGGCCCCGCCGCGGCCGUGCCCUACCUGGGCGUCAACGUGGCCCCGCUCGGCUCGCUGCACUGCCAGUCCUACUACCAGUCGCUGUCGGCGGCCGCCGCGGCCCACCAGGGCGUGUGGGGGUCCCCGCUGCUGCCCGCGCCCCCCGCAGGCCUGGCGCCCGCCUCGGCCGCCCUGAACAGUAAAACCACGAGCAUCGAGAACCUGCGGCUCCGGGCCAAGCAGCACGCCGCCUCGCUGGGACUCGAUACGCUGCCCAACUGACCGCUGGCCGCCGCCCGGCCGUGGGGGUCCCGGGCACCCCAAGGAGUUACCUCCACGAGCCCAGGGAGCCCGGGGGCCUUGGGGUCCUGCUCGCUGUCCCCUCCCCAAGCCCCCGCCCCAGGUGAGGCCCGCGCU